UGCUCUGCAACUAUAAAUACGACUGCCUUUUUAGAACAAACAUUGUGCGGCAAAUUACAGGCGGCCCCAAUUUCGCAACUCUGAUCCUUUCUCUACUUCUAAUCCAAAGGGUUUGAGAAAUGGCUCGCAAGAAGAUCAGAGAAUACGAUUCAAAGAAAUUGUUGAAGGAGCACUUCAAACGGAUCUCUGGUAGAGAACUGCCCAUCCAAUCCGCUCAAGUCACUGAAUCAACUGAUUUCAAUGACCUUGUUGAGAGGGAACCUUGGCUUUCAUCAUCAAAAUUGGUCGUGAAGCCCGAUAUGUUGUUUGGAAAGCGUGGGAAAAGUGGUUUAGUCGCCUUAAAUCUUGAUCUGGCUCAGGUUGCUGCAUUUGUGAAAGAGCGCCUUGGCAAAGAGGUAUCAAUGGGUGGAUGUAAGGGACCUAUCACAACAUUUAUUGUGGAACCCUUCAUUCCGCACAAGGAAGAAUACUAUCUCAAUAUUGUCUCAGAGAGACUUGGGUGCAGCAUUAGCUUUUCGGAGUGUGGAGGAAUUGAAAUCGAAGAAAACUGGGAUAAGGUUAAAACCAUAUUUAUCCCCACAGGAGUGUCUCUCACUUCAGAAACAUGCGCUGAGCUGGUGGCAAGCCUUCCUUUGGAGGUCAAAGGAGAAAUCGAGGAUUUUAUUAAGGCAGUUUAUACCCUAUUCCAAGAUCUGGACUUUACUUUCUUGGAAAUGAAUCCUUUUGCGAUUGUUGAUGGGAAGCCAUAUCCUUUGGAUAUGAGAGGUGAACUAGAUGAUACUGCUGCUUUCAAGAACUUCAAGAAGUGGGGGAGUAUUGAAUUUCCUAUGCCAUUUGGUAGGGUUAUGAGUCCUACUGAAAGCUUUAUCCAUGGUCUAGAUGAAAAGACAAGUGCAUCCUUGAAAUUCACUGUUUUGAAUCCCAAGGGACGAAUUUGGACCAUGGUGGCUGGAGGUGGUGCAAGUGUCAUAUAUGCAGACACGGUUGGUGAUCUUGGUUAUGCCACUGAGCUCGGAAACUAUGCAGAAUAUAGUGGAGCACCUAAUGAGGAGGAGGUGUUGCAGUAUGCCCGAGUUGUUCUUGAUUGUGCAACUGCUGACCCCGACGGCCAAAAGAGAGCACUCGUGAUUGGAGGAGGGAUAGCCAACUUUACUGAUGUAGCUGCUACAUUUAAUGGCAUAAUUCGGGCCUUGAAGGAGAAGGAAUCGAGGCUGAAAGCGGCUAGGAUGAAUAUUUAUGUGAGGAGAGGAGGCCCCAACUACCAGAGAGGUCUUGCCAAGAUGCGGGCACUUGGUGAAGAACUUGGUGUUCCAAUUGAGGUUUAUGGGCCAGAGGCAACCAUGACUGGUAUAUGCAAGCAAGCAAUUGAGUGCAUAACGGCAGCUGCCUAAGUCAGGAUACACCAUACGCGUCGAGCUUGUCAUAGAAAUCUUAUAUUAUGUGUGUAGUUUACUUGGGUUUAACCAAUUGGUGGUGGUAGUUUCUCAAGUUUUAAAUAAAAUUAUACAUUUGUGAUGCAUUCGAACAAGAAUAAGUGAGCAGAGAAGUUUUGAGUGGAUAAUGUUAAUGCUGAGGGGAAAGUGUGAAUUGAAUGUAGAUGGGUGUAGCGACCAGUGGCUAUCUUGUUUUGCUUUCAGUAUAGCUCAUAGCUUAUCUUACAUUUAAGAGGGGAACUAUUCAAUUGAGUAGGCCUAUCUCUCACCACUCUUUCAACUAUUUCUAUAGAAUCUUACUUCCCUGUCUCCAAGUCCUGUUA